UUACCUCAGCAGUUUUCUCCCAGCAACAACACAGAACAGUUAGCUGUCAUUUAGCUGAGCUCUGAGACCAGUUUCCGACACAGAUUUCUCCUCACAUACUGAAGAUGGCUGAAGUAGAGGAAACUCUGAAGAGAAUCCAGACCCAGAAGGGAGUGCAGGGAAUCAUCAUCGUCAAUUCAGAAGGAAUCCCCAUCAAGACGACUCUGGACAACUCCAGCACGGUUCAGUACGCGGGACUGAUCCACCAGCUGGUGAUGAAGGCCAGGAGCACCGUACGAGACAUCGACCCCCAGAACGACCUCACCUUCCUCCGUGUGCGCUCCAAGAAGAACGAGAUCAUGAUCGCUCCAGAUAAGGAUUAUUUCCUGAUCGUCAUUCAGAACCCUUCAGACUGAAACUCAAGGAGCCGCUACACACCUCGUUAUUCUCUCCGUCUGUCCGUCUGUCACAUUCAAACAGCUGAAUGUUUCUCUUUGUCUUGUUAAAUCAUAAGGUUUUGUUUGCCAGAAGCUUUUUAUGCAUUUGCUGUACAAGGAAGUUAAAAGCAGGAUUUGAAGGUGGAUGAAACUGAAUCUUAUCACUUCACUUAACAACAACAUGUGUGAACCAUCUGACAGUCAAUCAGUCUGCAGGCAAAUUCUUUUUUCCAUGUUUUAGCAUUCCAGUUGGGUCUCCUCUCGACGUAAACUGUAUGUUCUGUCACUGUGUUUACGGCAGAGACGUCUACGACAUACACGACAGAGAGAGAGACCACAACAUGUUUGUUUGUCAGCUCGAUCUCAACAAUGGAAGACUUGGGUUUGUUAUUUAUUGUUUUGUUGGCAAAAGAUGUUGAAGUACAGUAUUUCACUGGUGAGCAGAGAAUUACACUACAAACAUGUCUCUGCUCUCGCUAUGUUAAGUUUCUGAUGGUUAUUUGUAACAAAUUAAAAAAUGUAAAAAGUCAAA